UGGCGCUCUGACUGUGGACAUGCCGAGGACACACUAACUAAAUGUCUUUACGACUGUUAUAUAUGAUGGUUAUUGUAAUCCACGGUGGGACACACACGUAGUUUGCGUGUAUUCUGUGGCGGUAGCCGGUUUAUUCGAAUCGGCGCAGGCCUGCUCUUCUCGCACCAGCCUGUAACCGGCGCUCUAUGUAAUCAGGCUAACCGCUUAGCAUUAGCUAGCGCCUGUGUAGCUGCAUGCUAACGCUAGCUGACAGCUACAUGCUAACGCUAGCUGACAGCUACAUGCUAACGCUAGCUGACAGCUCCCUGAGCUACAGGGACACACGGGAGGAGCAGUAGAAGCUAAUUAAUGACACAGGUCUGCUUGUAGCUGAAUCACUGAAGAGGUUCAACGUUCAAAGGGCGAUGUUGUCCGUGUUCGUCAGGUCAGCUCUCACCAAAUACAGGAGAUCCUGGCUGCCCGGUCAGGCUGUGGUCAGGGCCAUGUCGUCCUCCGGUGGUGCCGUCUCUCCUUACACCACCCUGGCCAUCAGUCACCCAGCAGAGUCCGUCACACACGUAGAGCUGCACCGGCCUGAGAAACGCAACGCCAUGAACAAAGCUUUCUGGAGUGAAAUGGUGGACUGCUUCAAUGAGAUCGCUGUGGACCCGGGCUGCAGAGUGGUGGUGGUUUCUGGAGCUGGGAAGGUCUUCACCGCUGGUAUCGACCUGAUGGACAUGGCCAGCGACGUACUGAUGCCAGAGGGGGACGACACGGCCAGAAUCGCCUGGAACAUGAAGAGAGUAAUCGCCAAGUAUCAGGAGACCUUCUCCGUCAUAGAGAAGUGUCCAAAGCCUGUUGUAGUGGCCGUCCACGGAGCCUGUGUUGGGGGAGGUGUUGAUCUGAUCACGGCCUGUGACAUCCGCCUGUGUACGCAGGACGCCUGGUUCCAGAUCAAGGAAGUUGAUAUUGGACUCGCUGCAGAUGUCGGAACUCUCCAAAGACUUCCAAAAGUCAUCGGCAGCCGCAGCCUCGUGAACGAGUUGGCUCUGACGGCCAGGAAGAUGUUUGCCGACGAAGCCAAGAGCAGCGGACUGGUCAGCCGAGUGUUUGCAGAUAAGGAGGCCAUGAUAGCCGCCGCUCUGGAGAUGGCCGAUGAGAUUGCUGUUCGCAGCCCCGUCGCCGUGCAGGGCACCAAAGUCAACCUGAUCUACUCCAGGGACCACAGUGUGGCGGAGGGCCUGGACUACAUGGCUACGUGGAACAUGAGCAUGCUUCAGACUCAGGAUGUGAUGAAAUCCGCUCAGGCCUCCAUGGAGAAGAAGAGUCCAAGGAGCAUAACCUUCUCCAAACUCUAAAACCUCCACACAAUAAAAUCUUUCCUUGCGGUUGCCUCUGUUGGGAAAAAGGGGAGGAAACACAUGGAAUUUGGUCUUUCUAAAACUGAUUUAGUGAUCUGUGGCCAUAUGAAGAUGAUUUAAUGUUGCGACUUUAGGGUAGAAUUCAUCAGAUUUCAUGUGACUGUCCAAUAGUAAAUGAUGAAACAAAUACACCUGAUUGAUUGUCCUGUUGAGGAGUUACGUUAGCUGUGCAGUGUACUGUGUACCAGGAUGUAUGCGAGCAGGGAUUUGCUAUGUCUUAAACCAAACUAAUACAGGCUUAAUGGCUUGUUAACUCAUCCUAGAACACUGACAAUAUGAAUACAGAUGUUAUGUCUUUCUGUUGGCAAUGCACACAGCUAAUGAAGUUAUGCAUUAAUGAGUUCUUCAGUGGGAAGAGCAACAUUUUGUCUAUGCGUCCAUACAGGAUCAGGAACACCGGUAGCCAUUUUGCCCACUAAACCAAACUGGGACACUCGGACUGUGAAUUUUCCUUUUAAGAAAUGGACGCUUGAAUCCACUGGAAAUAUGACGAUUCCAAAGAUCUGUCAUUGACCGUGUAAAAAGUUUGAAACAGGAUAAUCUGCUUUUUUCAAUCUAAACUAACGGAUUGAGUCAAUGUGUGAGAAUCUCAGAUCCUUUGCUGAAAAAUAAAAGACAACGUUUUGUAAUUCA